AUGAAGUUGAUGAGUACAGCGACAACGCUCGCUCUGGUGCUACUGCUGGCUACUAGCUAUGCACAAGCUGAGGAAGAGAAGAGUACCGCUGUGGAGAAGACAGCAGCUGAGCCUGUAGAUAAGAAGGUCGAGGAAGCUGCUAGUGACGAUACCACAAAAUCGAAACGAGGACUUCAUCACUAUGAGGAUUACCAUCAUCAUCAUGUGCCACACUUUCCAGUGCAUGAGGAAAAGACACUGACAGUCAUUAAGAAGGUGCCAGUUCCAGUACCCAUAGAGAAAAUUGUUCAUGUGCCUGUCGAAAAACAUAUCCAUGUUCCCGUGAAAGUCAAGGUACCCAAGCCUUAUCCCGUGGUCAAGCAUAUUCCCUAUGAGGUUAAGGAGAUCGUUAAAGUGCCUUAUGAAGUUCCCGCGCCAUAUCCCGUCGAAAAGAAGAUUCCCGUGCCAGUUCAUGUGCCCUACGAUCGUCCAGUGCCCGUCAAGGUUCAUGUGCCCGCACCCUACCCGGUGGAGAAAAAGGUUCAUGUGCCUGUGAAAGUUCAUGUACCAGCUCCUUAUCCAGUUGAAAAGAUUGUCCACUACAAUGUAGAGAAGCACGUGCAUGUCGACAAGCCCUACCCCGUCGAGAAGAUCGUCCACUACCCUGUGAAGGUGCCCGUUGAUAAGCCAGUGCCCUACCACGUCGAUAAGCCAGUGCCGCACUAUGUUGACAAGCCUGUGCCAGUGCCAGUGAUCAAGAAGGUGCCAGUUCCCGUCCAUGUGCCCUACGAUCGUCCCGUGCCCGUGCAUGUUGACAAACCAGUGCCUUAUGAGGUGAAAAUCCAUGUGCCCGCACCUUACCCCGUGAUCAAGGAAGUGCCAGUCAAGGUUGAGAAACACGUUCCAUAUCCCGUGAAAAUUCCAGUGGAGAAGCCUGUCCAUGUUCACAUUGAGAAACAUGUGCCCGAAUAUCACGAGAAACACGUCACCUACAAGGAACCCGAGUUUGUGCACAAGCACAUUGAGGAGGAGCAUCAUCAUGAGCCCAUCCAUCAUCACUCAUCGCAUUCAUAUUCGGCACCCAUCGAGGAACAUCAUGAGCAUGAGCAUGAGCAUUGAAAAGCGUAAGCGUAACGGUUAUGAAUGGAUCAAAAUCUUACAAAAUUUCCUUCACAAAACAUACUUAGAAACAUUCCAUCACAUAUUCCAUAUCAAACCAUAUGCCUACUAUACCAAUACCACAUUGCUAUGCAGAACGUGAUAACGAUAGAGAUUCAGAUAUCAAUUUUAAAAACGACUAACGUGAUGACGAACUUAGUUUUUACGC